AUGCUUCUUGCUGCGAGUCAAACCUUUGUCGGAGUCUCACUCGAGGGCGCAAAAGCCGGAGUUGGCGGACAUUCAACUGGUGGUGUGGCCGCUUCGGGAGCCGGAGAUGGUGGAGACUGGACUGGAGCAGCCAUCGGCGGUGAGUUGACUGGCUCGGGAGUUGGAGGCGAGCUCACUGGAGCCGGCGUGGAAACUGUCAGUGGAGAACUUACAGGAGCCGGAGUGGAAACUGUUGGUGGUGAACUCACAGAAACUGAAGCCGCGGGAGUUGAAGUAGGAGCCACCACUGGAGCUCGAGAUUUAUGCUUCGUUGGUGAAGCAGCAGGCAGAGUAGAAACCUUAGCCGCGCCGGAGCUUUGGCUGACACAGUCGUCGGAGUCUGGCCUCCAUCACCAGUCACCACAGUGCAGAUCAAUGACGCUCAGAUUUCGACAUACCAGUUGUCACGACCAGAUUUCCUGGCUACGUCGCGUGCAGCGAAUAGAGAGAGACGGGAGAGCACGACGACGUGAAGUACGGCGAAGAGAGAGACAGGGGAGUGGCACAGAACUGCGCUGGGACUGCAAAGCCCACAUUGCUAACAAACUAGCGUUGCAUCACGACCAUGUGUUGGUGUGUGAAGUUUGCGAGCAAGCACCAACCACAGUCACCUGCAAGGUGGAUGCAGCAACGCUUUGCGUCACUUAUGAUCAAGACAGCCACUCUGCUAAUCCACGAGCGCCACCCGAGUGUCCCCUUUUCCAACUACGCGCCUCUAAGUCGUCAUCAUCUCCCAACAACACUACCACUGUGACAAUUGCUUCUUCAAUGAGAAGGUGGAGGCAGCCUCGUGGCUCCUCCCCAAGGAAGAUUCCGAGUUCUGGAGUAUAA